AUGGAAGCUGUACAAAGAGAGCACGAUCGCAUUGUCAAGAAGGCCAAAGCGUCCCAAGGAAUCAAGAAUGUACAAUCAACCAUCGAUCUAUUGCAGUCGGCCCGGGAGGCCAUAGCUGCCGACCCAACGUCUGCGGCUGUCACUCUGGCCAAGCUGCAAACCCCGGUGAAAUCAUCUUUUGAUUCAAUUAACGACAGCUUGAAAGAAACCCACAGUGGUCUUAACAAGUACACAAAGUCUUUAGACAAGUUGUUUAAAGAUCGACCCCUCCCGACCACCGAACACGAUGCCCUCUCCUCGCAGGAUACACUAAUCAACCGGGCCAUCGCAAUGCAUCUUCUCCGGGAAGGACAGUUCGGCGUGGCUUCCGCCUUUUUGGACGAGAUCGCAGAGCAGAAACCCGCCGCAAACCUGCCCACCGGGCCCGAACAACCGAGGAGGGUGCAAUUCGAGAAGGACCCAAGCAGACCUGGCAGCAUCCUCGAUCCCCACGAAGUCCCAUCCGCCGAGGUCCGCAACCAGUUUGCUUCAAUGUACUACAUCCUCCAACAGCUCCAGGAGAACCGGAACUUGCUCCCUGCCAUCGAGUGGUCCAGAGAGCACCGCGAGGAAUUAGAAGCCCGGGGCAGCAAUCUCGAAUUCGAACUCUGUCGCCUACAGUACGUGUGGCUCUACCAUGGCGCAGGCAACUCAGACACCGGCAGCGGCUGGGCCGCAGCGCUGGACUAUGCGCGACGAGAAUUCCACUGCUUCGUCCCGCGCUAUCUGCGCGAGGUGCAGCAGCUGGUGGGUGCCAUGGCCUACACACCCAACCUCGGCGGAUCACCCUACGCCGCCCUGUUCGAUAACCCGACUGCUUGGGACGAUGUGGCCACCUUCUUCACCCGCGAGUUCUGCUCGCUCCUCGGCUUGUCGGCCGAUUCCCCUCUUUACAUUGCUGCGACGGCCGGCGCCAUCGCGCUGCCGACUUUGUUGAAGCUCCAGACCAUCAUGAAGGCGAAGCGCACGGAAUGGACUUCCGAGAAUGAGUUGCCGGUCGAGAUCUCUCUCCCGCCUCAAUAUCUGUUCCAUUCCAUCUUCGUUUGCCCGGUGUCCAAGGAGCAGGCGACUGAUGAUAACCCGCCCAUGAUGAUGCCUUGUGGUCACGUUAUUGCGCAGGAGUCAUUGAAGCGACUGGGCAAGGGAAAUCGGUUCAAGUGCCCGUAUUGUCCUAGUGAGAGUCACCCGAAGGAUGCCCGCAAAGUGUUCUUGUGA